AUGUCUCGCCCCGGCUCGCCCAACAGCAGCAGUGACAAGACGGCCCGCUCGUCCUUCUCCUCGGUGCGAGAGAACGACGACGGGCUCGCGCAGACGUUUACGCGUUCCAAAAUCUCCUCCUAUACCCAAGGGACGGAAGAGGUAUUCGAUGAAUCACCCACUGCUGAGAUUGCCCAGCCAUCCUUCCAGGCUCCUCUGACGCAGCCUCACAGUCGGCUUCAUGGCUUUUGGUAUCCUGCGGAUAACUUCCGCGGAUGGAAGCAGAUCCCCAUCAAGGGCAAGGCCGCCAGCCGCAGCUGCGAGGACUUGCACAAGCUGUCCAUGACAUGGAGCUCUCCCGCACCCGUCGUGGCCAAGCCUCUCGAUCACUAUGCGACCGGAACGUCGCCAAUGGAGCGUCUCCCGAGUGAGGUUCUAGGUGCCAUUAUCGAUCUUCUCGUCAUUGAGAUCCCUCCGAACGGCCUCACCACUCGCAACGCCGAUUUGAUGGCCCUCCUCCUCACCUCGCGCUCUAUCCACGCCGCCACGCUCAACACUCUCUACCGACAUAUCACGAUCCCCCACUCGCGCAUCUUCCGCAAGUUCCUGAACACCGUCACCGAGUACCCCGCCCUUGCCUCUAUCGUGCGGCGCAUGGACUUCAGUCACUUCAACCCUUCGACCAUCUUUUCGACCGCCAGUGAGCGGGCGCAGACUCGAAAUCUGACCUCCGAGACCCUCUUGCAGUGUUUGGAGCUGACCCCAUACCUUCAGGAGUUCCUCGCGCAAGAGUAUAUUGACGAGGAUCUUGGUCCCGAUGUUCUCAAGAAGUUGUUCUUUGGCAUGCCCCGCCUCCAAGCGGUUGAUUUCUGCGGUUGCGCUUCGCCCGCCUUCAAGAAUUCGUUCCAGAGCCUACUUCAGUCCCCCUGGCCCGAGACUCUUACCCUUACCCGCGUGUCCUUCCAUAAGUGCCUAAGCUUGCCCGCAUCUGUCUACGAGAUGAUCCUGCCUCGCCUCGAGCGAGUUACCCACCUUGACCUCGCUGGAACGCGGGUCACGGAUCUGGCGCUGCAGAGUAUCCCCGAGACUGCGAGACUCACACACUUGAACCUGGCCAAGUGCAGGGAGCUGACUUCUGAGACGGUGGUCAAGUUCAUCACUACACACCCCUCUGUCACUCAAAGCCUGGUUGUUCUAAGCCUUGCCACCAUUGCGAGUAGCCAUCUCUUGCUAGGCAAGGCCGAUGUGGACGCCAUUCUCCCCCGGCUACCUAGCACCCUGCGAUCCCUUAGCUUAAAGGGCAGCAGGAUGGACCCCUCCCAAAUUCCUCUUCUCACCCCUCUUGUCCAGCAACUGGAGGAGCUCGCUAUCGGCCGCGGCCUUGAGCUCGGCGAUAUCCACAAACUCCUGUACCAGGACCAGCAAUGGAUCCCCCACAACCUUCGGUAUCUCGAUAUCUCCGACAUCGAUACCAUCAUCGGAAGUGCAAAUGCACUUCUAGGCCCCGCUUCCGCCCCGCUGCACGUUAUCGAACUCGAGGAGCGAGCAUACGAGCGAGCCGCCAAGGCCAAGAAGAACCUAGAGAGCGUGGGAUGGACUGCCAAGGAGUUUGGUAGUCGCUAUUGGCUUGUCCGCAUGAACUCGGACGGCACAACUCGGGACAAUGGUGCCCGGUGGUGGAAGAUGGGCGCCGAGAGCUGGGGCAUGAGGAAGAUCCCGGUAGCGGAGGCCGACGUCGGAGGCAUGUACGGCACCUUUAUGUUCGGGCGACGACUCUAA